AUGACCCCUUACAAGCUUGUUUAUGGCAAGAAUUGCCACUUACCGGUUGAGCUUGAGCACAAGGCCAUGUGGGCCAUCAAGACUUUGAAUUUUGAGCUAACUAGUGCGGGUAAGCGGCGCUUGCUUGAUCUCCAUGAGCUUGAGGAGCUCCGUAUGAAUGCCUAUGACUGGGCGAGCAUCUACAAGGCACGAUCCAAAAAGUAUCAUGAUGCCCGGCUUGAGAAACGAGACUUCAAAGAAGGGGACAAGGUGCUCCUCUAUAAUUCUAGGCUCAAGUUAUUUCCGGGUAAGCUCAAAUCAAGAUGGAGUGGCCCAUUUGUUGUGUUGAAGGUUUUCCCUCACGGUGCCAUUGAGAUUUGGAGUAAGGAAACCGGGAACUUCAAAGUUAACGGGCACAAGUUGAAACAAUAUUUCGAGGGUGAUUCUCGCGGCACAUUUGCCGUCUUGGGACUAGUUGACCCCCCAUGA